AUGGCACCAAAAGCUGAUUGGGAGAAGUACCAAGCUCCGCUUGAAGAUGAAAGCGACAAGAUAGACGAAAAAAUAAAGCCAUUAAGUGAAGGGGAUAUCCAGGUAUUAAAGGCGUAUGGUGCAGCACCAUACUCUGAUGAUAUCAAAAAAAUUGAGAAAGAUAUUAAAGAUGUGGAACAGAAAACUAAGGAGAAGAUUGGUGUCAAGCAGAGUGAUACUGGGUUAGCUCCUCCUCACUUAUGGGAUGUUAUGGCUGAUAAACAGAGAUUGGCUGAAGAGGCCCCAUUACAAGUGGCAAGAUGCACCAAAAUCAUUGUAGGUGGUAAUGGAUCAGAAAACAAUCAAGAGGGCGGUGAAACAGAUGGUUUAACAAAUUUAAUUGGUAGCAGUUCUGGGAGUUCGGAAGGCUCCCAAAAGGCUAAAUAUGUAAUUAAUAUUAAACAGAUUGCCAAGUUUGUGGUUGGCUUAGGGCAAAAGGUAUCUCCGACAGAUAUUGAGGAAGGUAUGAGAGUUGGUGUUGACAGAAUGAAAUAUGAUAUUCAGCUACCAUUACCUCCAAAAAUUGACCCUAGUGUUACAAUGAUGACUGUGGAAGAGAAGCCCGAUGUCACUUAUAGUGAUAUUGGUGGUUGUAAAGAACAAAUUGAAAAAUUGAGAGAAGUCGUGGAAUUACCAUUAUUAUCACCAGAAAGAUUUGUUAACUUGGGUAUUGAUCCUCCAAAAGGUAUAUUGUUAUACGGUCCUCCUGGUACCGGUAAGACCUUGUGUGCAAGAGCCGUGGCUAACAGAACUGAUGCCACUUUUAUCAGAGUUAUUGGGUCCGAAUUGGUGCAAAAAUACGUUGGUGAAGGUGCUAGAAUGGUGAGGGAACUAUUCGAGAUGGCAAGAACUAAGAAAGCAUGUAUCAUCUUCUUCGAUGAAGUUGAUGCUAUAGGUGGAGCUAGAUUUGAUGACGGUGCUGGUGGUGAUAAUGAAGUGCAAAGAACUAUGUUGGAAUUGAUUACACAAUUAGAUGGCUUUGAUGCUAGAGGUAACAUUAAAGUGAUGUUUGCCACUAAUAGACCAAAUACUUUGGACCCUGCUUUGUUGAGACCUGGUAGAAUUGACAGAAAAGUUGAGUUCAGUUUGCCUGACUUGGAAGGUAGAGCAAACAUCUUUAAGAUCCACACCAAAUCAAUGUCCGUGGAAAGAAACAUCAGAUGGGAAUUGAUUGCUAGAUUGUGCCCUAAUGCCACAGGUGCUGAACUAAGAUCUGUUUGUACCGAAGCCGGUAUGUUUGCCAUUAGAGCUAGAAGAAAGGUUGCCUCUGAAAAGGACUUCUUAGCAGCUGUUGAAAAGGUUAUCAAGGGUAAUAUGAAAUUCAGUUCAACCAGUCGUUACAUGCAAUAUAAUUAA